AUGGCAGUGGCCUCACGUCGCGCCGAUGGCGGGAAGUGGCGUGCUUCGAAGCAGCGAAGGGAUGGGCAAGAUGCCCUCAGGUGGACAUGGCUGGGCGAUGUGGACGGCAUCCAUCUCUGCGGCGGGCAAAAAGAAGGCUUGGGAGAAGGUGCAGUGCCCGGGCGCGGUCAUCUGGGCUCCCAGGAAGUUGAGAAAUUGUCCAUGGCCUUGCAGCUGCUUUUUGAGGGCCAGCAGCGCCGCUUGGGACCCAACGUCAUUGCCUGCAACGCCGCCAUCAGUGCUUGUGAGAAGGCUGCCCGGUGGCCACAGGCAAUUGCCUUGCUACAGCCAGACUCGGAGAUCCAAGGUUGGAAUGGUGCCAUCUCGGCCUGUUCCAAGGCCGGUGCCUGGUCGAUGGCCUUGCUGCUCCUCAGCGCCUUGGAGAAGCUGCCGGCACGGCGGGAUGCGGUGCACUUCGGGCUGCGGAUCGCCUGUGAGGCCCCUCGAAGUUGGCAGAAGGCGAUCACUUCCUUGGUGGCCAUGCAAGAGGCUGCCUUGGAGCCCAACGUGAGAAACUUCUCUGCACUUCUCCGAGGAUGCAAGGAGGCGACAGCUUGGGAAAGCGGUUUGGAGUUGCUUCAGCAGAUGUUUGCUAAAGGUCCUGCCCCGGAUGUCUUGGCGGUGAACACGGUCAUUGCAAGCAACCCGCCCUGGGUUAUCGCUGGGGGUCCCAGGGACCUCUGGAAAGCUUUGUUGAAACCAUCACUAUAUUCCCCAGAGGUCAUAGGCCCUGGCCUUGUUGGAGCAGAUGCCCCGGAGAACUUUGACGCCGCGGCAAGACGCGAAACUAUUCCGCUGGUGGUGUUUCGUGCUGGGGAUUUCACCCACAUUGGUUUGGCCGGUGAGUGGCCGGUGGUGUUGUCCUUGGUGUCCCAGCUGCGCCGUGGCGAGCGGGUCAACAUGGACGAUGUGACUUACGUCAAUGCCCUCACUGCCUAUGGCCGCAGCAAGAGGCGCGACUUCGUUUCGGAGCUGCUCCAGGACUUGAGGCAUCCCUCAUCGCAGCCGUCCGUCAGCGCCUUCAGCGCUGUGGUGGCAGCGGCCCACUGGGCAGAGGCGCUGCAGCUGCUCGAGGAGAUCGCCAGUCGUCAACUGCGUCCUCAACGACAAGACCUCAACGCAGUCAUUGGCAACGCGGCGGAAGGCACAUUCGGUGCUCCAGUCCUUUAG